UUCUGAGUUUUUAAAAGGCAUUGUUUUCUCUCUCCCACACUCAUUCAGUAUUUCUCUCUUCGUUGCCGUCACGAUUGUUCAUCUCCUUUCAAAACGGCAGCAUUUCUUCACGCAAGUAAAUGGCGGUGGAUCUAUGGCCAGAUAAUAACUGUAGCUUAGGGAUAAGCCCUAGGAUCUCGUUUUCACACGAUCUAUCUCAAUGCGAUGGUAUACCUGUUGAACAGAGUGUUUUCCGUUCGAGUUCAUCUAACAACGAAUUCGAUUUCUGCUGUACUCAUUACGGUUACGAAGAACAAGAAUCGUCUUCAGCCGACGAACUUUUCUCCGGCGGUAAGAUUCUCCCGACGGAAAUCAAGAAGAAAUCCUCGCCGCUGCCUCGCCGUCCACCGCAGGAGAAACCGACGCCUUCUAAUUCACAAUCCGAUGUUGAUGUUGCCAAAACUAAUAUUGGAACUGGAUCUGAUGAGAAACAAACAUCAAAGUCAUUUUGGCGAUUCAAGCGUAGCAGUAGUCUGAAUUGCGCGGGAAGCGGUUAUGCUAGGUCAUUGUGUCCUCUUCCUCUUCUUUCGAGAAGUAAUUCUACUGGUUCAUCAGCAGCCAGUAGCGUGAAGCGUUCUUCACAAGGUACGCAUGUGAAGAGUUAUGUACCGUCGCCAUUGAAACCGUCGACUACAAAUCAAAAGCCUCCGUUGAAGAAGAACUACAAUAACAAUAACAUGAUGAAUACUAGUGGAGUGCGUAUGAAUCCUGCUUUGAAUGUUCAUUCUGGAAAUCUGUUCGGUUUGGGAUCGAUUUUUUCAGGUGGAAAGGAUAGAAAUAAGAAGAAAUGAUCAUCAUUUUGUUAAAUCUUUGAUUGAUUGAUCUAGAUCUAUGUUACUGAUGAUGAAUGAUGAUGAUGAUCUUGUGAAAGUUAACACACAAAAUUGUAGCUAGUUGAUUGAUCUUGAGUUUGCUUGAUGAUUGGAAUUGGAUUCAGAAAUGAUUAUUAUUAUUAUUAUUAUUAUUAAGAUUCUUGCAUUUAAUGUGUGUUGACUGUUGACAAAUAAUCCUGCAUAUGAAGGAGAUAUUGAUGAUUGAAGAGUCACAUGCAGUGAUCAGUUCUAGAAAGGUGGCCAGGAGAUGGACAGGUAAACUUUGCUUUCAUACUUGUCCUAUUAAGUGUAGUAGGAUCAUAGAAUAAUUGGUUCUAUUUAUAUUUGUAAUAUUGCAACAUUUAUAUCUAUUUAAUUUUAUAUAAG